AUGAAACAAUCCACGCUUCUAGCAUUGGAGGGUUUCCAAACAGUACUCAAGGCCCUAAUCUUUAUUGCUAUCUUUGGUGUGGCAAUCUCUUCACGUUUGUUCUCAGUGAUUAGAUUUGAGUCUAUUAUCCACGAGUUCGAUCCAUGGUUUAAUUUCAGAGCCACCAAAUAUCUAGUCAGUCAUUCAUUUUAUGAGUUUUUGAACUGGUUUGACGAUAGGACAUGGUAUCCCCUCGGCAGAGUUACCGGUGGUACUUUGUAUCCUGGUUUGAUGACAACUUCUGGUGCAAUUUGGCAUAUACUUCGUAAGAUUGGUUUGCCAAUUGAUAUUCGUAACAUUUGUGUGUUGUUCGCACCUGCAUUCUCAGGAUUCACCGCUUGGGCCACGUACGAGUUUACUAAAGAAUUGAAAGAUUCUAGUGCAGGGUUAUUAGCAGCAGCUUUUAUGGCAAUUGCCCCUGGGUACAUUUCUAGAUCUGUGGCCGGUUCUUACGACAAUGAAGCCAUUGCCAUCACCUUACUAAUGGUAACGUUUAUGUUCUGGAUCAAAGCUCAGAAGACAGGUUCUAUAUUGUACUCCAUGUUAGCAGCUUUGUUCUACUUCUACAUGGUAUCAGCCUGGGGUGGUUACGUAUUUAUUACAAACUUAAUACCACUACAUGUUUUCAUUUUGAUCUUGAUGGGACGCUACCAAUCGAAACUAUAUUCUGCUUAUACUACAUGGUACGCAAUUGGUACUUUAGCUUCAAUGCAAAUUCCUUUCGUGGGAUUUUUGCCAAUUAGAUCUAACGAUCACAUGGCUGCAUUGGGUGUUUUUGGUUUAAUCCAAAUUGUUGCACUAGGUGACUACAUCAAAUCUCAAGUUUCAGGUGAAAGAUUCAAGGUUGUUAUGUUCAUUUCAUUAGGAUUGAUUAUUUCUAUUGGUAUUUCAGGCCUGUUCUUUUUAACUUACAUGGGUUACAUUGCACCAUGGACAGGUAGAUUCUACUCUCUAUGGGACACUAAUUAUGCCAAAAUUCAUAUACCUAUCAUUGCAUCUGUGUCUGAACACCAGCCUCCUGCAUGGCCCUCCUUUUUCUUUGAUAACCAAUUUUUGAUUUGGUUGUUCCCAGCUGGUGUCUUCUUGUUGUUCCUAGAACUAAAGGAUGAACAUGUAUUCGUACUGGCUUACUCUGUUUUAUGCUCAUACUUCGCUGGUGUGAUGAUCAGAUUAAUGUUGACAUUGACUCCGAUUAUCUGUGUCACUGGUGCGAUUGCAAUUUCUAAACUAUUUGACAUUUAUUUGGAUUUCUCUGUCGCACUUUCUACCAAAUCUCCCAAAGACGUGAAGUCAGUUAAACUCGAUAAGGAGAAAAAGGAAACAUCUGAUUUAGAACAAGAAGAUGAUGACUAUGAAGCUGAAUUGGUUGUGGAUUAUGAACCGUCUUCUAAAGCGCGUUGGUUUGACAUUACUGCUAAGGCCGUUGUAUCAUCCACCUUUUUGAUGUACUUAUUCCUCUUUGUUUAUCACUGUACUUACGUGACAUCCAACUUCUACUCUUCCCCAUCUGUGGUCAUGCCAUCUCAAAAUCCAGACGGAUCGGUUGCUUUAAUUGACGACUUUAGAGAAGCAUAUUACUGGCUACGUAUGAAUACUGCUGAAGAUGCCAAAGUUGCAGCUUGGUGGGAUUAUGGUUAUCAAAUCGGUGGUAUGGCUGAUAGAACCACUCUAGUUGAUAAUAACACUUGGAAUAACACCCACAUUGCUAUUGUUGGUAAGGCAAUGUCGUCUCCAGAAGAGAAAGCUUACGAAAUUUUGAAGGCUCAUGACGUUGAUUAUGUGUUGGUUGUGUUCGGUGGUGCUCUAGGGUAUAGUGGUGACGAUCUUAAUAAAUUCUUAUGGAUGGUCAGAAUCUCUGAAGGCAUUUGGCCAGAUGAAGUGAAAGAGCGUAAUUUCUUCACAGGCAGAGGUGAAUACCGUGUUGAUGCCGACGCCACAAAGACAAUGAAAGAUAGCUUAAUGUACAAGCUAUCGUACCAUGAUUUCCCAUCUAUAUAUCCAAAUGGUGUAGGUCAUGAUAGAACCCGUAACCAAAAGAUCACUAACAAUGAAGUUGGCCCUCUUGACUACUUUGAAGAAGUAUUCACUUCUGAAAUCUUGUUGGUCAGAAUUUACAAGCUGAAAUCUCCAGAUUCCUUAGGCAGAGAUCAUGGCGAAGCUGCCAAAUUUGACAGAAACUUACAAAGUGGAGUGAAAAAGAGAUUAGUGAAGAAACCAGAAUUAGAACUAAGAGUAUAG